AUGAGUCGUAAUUGUGCUGAUGAUAUAAAGAAGAUUUCCCAGGCUAUGGAUGUAUUGGCCAAACUUGUUCUUGAGAAACGACAGGAAGAUGGUUCUUUACAACUGGAGUAUAAGAAGAAGCUCGAUGAGCUAGAUAAAUGUAUUCGAAUGAUAGUGGGUAUAACGGGCAAUGAAUAUUCUAUCGAUAGGAAUCAUAUCGAUCGCAUGCUUGGAAAUGGUGUGGAAAUACUAGAGAGACAAGAUUCACGAACACAGGAACUUCGGAAAUUCGCACUGAUACCUAUUGUAGAGAGUUCAACUAAACCUAAAAAGAAGAAGAAAAAUAGGAUACCUUGUUCAUUUUGUCAUGAGGUAGGUCACACUAGAGCAAAGUGUGAAGCAAAAUUGAUGUAUACGCCUAAGGAUUCUUAA